AUGAUGAUGAGGACAUACUGGAGGGUUAGCAUCAUUCUAGUAGUGAUUACCCCCAUUGUUUUUAUCAAAUAUCAAAAAUCUAUUCGUGUUUGCCAGCUUUUAAGCCCCUUUCAAGUCACCUUUGAAAAGCUGCACCUCUUUCAUUGUCCCCUUUUGAACCACUUGCAGCCCCUUUUGUCCCUUUUGAAAGCGGAAAUCCCUUUUGAAACAAUAUGGCCUGGGCUUCCAAAAGCGGAAACACUUUCAUGCUUUCACGCUUUCAAAAGCGAUUUACAACAUGAAACUGUAGAUGAAUAUCGGCAGAAACUUCAUCGAUUAGUCAAUUCACAAGAUCAACCUGCCUAUGAACGAAACAGGAAGGCAACUGGCCUCUCAAAGCCAUCCAUUGUCGAUGGCCUUUUAUAUAGCAUUCCAAUGCCGCUCUGCUAUUCUGUUGAUCUCAUGCACCUGGCUAUUAACAUUGGUGAACUUCAGAUUCCUCUUUGGCAGGGGACUUUGAAAUGCGAACAAAGUGAUGACAAACUUACUUGGGAUUGGGUUACAUCAGUAAUUGAGCAUUUCAGUUUCCAGAGGUUUCUCAACCCAGGCAACCUCUGA